AUGGUAAUGGUCGGUAACUGUCAACGAGAGCUGGCACUACGGAAUUUUACGAAAGAAAACUGUAGAUUCAAUCCAUGCUUGAAUGGUGGCACCUGCCUACCUGGUAAGGUAUCAUGCGUAUGCACACUUGGUUGGAUGGGUCGAUACUGUCAUAGACAUUGUCGGAAUAUUUAUAAAAGUUGUGAACGAUGGGCGUUAGAGGAUAAAUGUGAACAGAUACGCACUCAAACAAACUUUUUUGAUAUCAAUUGUGCGGUGAGCUGUCAUCAAUGCGUACCGGAUCCCAAACAUAUUUUAAGUAAUAUUCCGGUGCCUCCAUCAUUGGAAGCGUUGCAAUUUAUGGUAGGUCGAUGGUAUUCACUGGCAUCAAAAGGUUUUCGAUAUCCAACGGAUAUGUAUUUAAAUAACUAUGAAGAAUUGCUGGAUGUCGUGCCUGCUGAAGUACCAAUGUUUGGAACUCCGUCAUUUAAUUUCACAAGUAUUUGUCGGAGUGGAAACGAUACCCGUGUGAUGCGUGGCUUUCUAACACUUAGAGCGAAUUCAUACCCAAUAGAAGUGGCCCUUUUGAGUUCGUCCAAUGAAGGUUUAAAUAUGGUUGAACUUGGCACAAUGAGCGGUCAUGUUAUCACGCUGAACAUAAGCUAUAUGCAGGUUCAUCCUGGUUUGGAUAGUUCAAUUUUACCUCUUGGAGCAACCAGACGUUUCCGGCGUAAUGGAGAAUUUCUGGAGAUGAUUGUUGCCAAACUAUUCGCGCACAACAAAAUUACGCAAUAUAAGAAAAUGUUCCGUAAGAUUCAAAAUUAUCCCUUGUGA